AAGACUUGCGGUCAGACGCACACCGGCCACGCAUAUCCGGGCCGAGAGAAGUUGAGAAAAAGAAAAGAAAAGAAAAGACGUGUGAUUAUAUUUUCAUCGGACUCGCAUGUGUUGUCCGUAUAUAUUGAACAUUGGGCGCAAUUCUGCUGUUUUUGGUGUCCUGCUAUUUUUUGACUGCUUGAUACGACAAGCACAUACGAAAUAAAAAUGGCAUCUGACACAACAACACCAAUCGACUCGUUGCCGAACGAGAUUCUCGACUCUAUCCUCUCCCCCCUCUCGACCCAGGACCUCAUCAAACUAGCCCCUGUCAACCGCCGCAUAUACACAAUCGUCCUCCGUCUCGUCCAACACCGCCUGGCAGCAGUCCUGGACCAGAAGAGCUCGCAGGAGCUCAUAUUGGAGUGCUACCCUCCCUCGGCAGCCCUGACCACUCCCUACCUCUUCUGCGACUUUGUCGAGACCAGCCGCCUCGACGACAGCGGUUCCACCCUCCUGGACCCAGAAACGGAGCUCGAUGGCAGCAGAAGCAACGGCACCCUGGGUGACCUGCGCAGCCUGUACUCGCGCUUUCGUCCCGUGGCCCAGGAUGAGAACCGUCGCCCCAGGCAUCGGUACACACGGCAGAGCAGCGGCCUAGAGGAUGGGGACGCGGAAGACGCUGUGGUUCCGGAAUCGCCUCCGUCCCUUGACGUUCACCUCGACGAGGGAGACCAGUUCUCCCAGCUGGUGACGGUCACCAACGUCGUCGAGAUGGGCUCCAGGCGGGGGCAGUUCCUGGGCCACACCAACGUCAGCGACGGGGUGCUGAGGGUGUGGAGGGCGUGGCUGGCUGCAGCUACCAGCACCACUUCUGCUGCCGGCGGUCAAGGUGAGCAACGAGAGGCGAUACUGUGGGCUGACGCGGAGAGGCAUGUGGGUGUGAGGUUCAGGGUCUCGAGGAAGGACGCUUGGAGCCAGCCUUUGCUCCUUGGGGCGGAUGAGGACCCGGCUGUCAGCUACAGGCUUGAUUACGAAGAACUCGUGGUCAGGACCAGCCAGCUGCUUCUGACUAUGGAAAGGUCGGCAAGUCAGGUGGCUACAAGCUCAGGUAACGCACUUAUGCUCGUCCUAUAAGCACACAUCAGCCCGCCGAGCCGAGGACUGCACCAACCAAAAUGAACUCUGGGGGGGAGACUGUACAUGCUGUUUGCUGUUUGCUGCUUUUGUUUUGUUCUUGUCUUUUUGUGACGCAUGAAUACGCCCUUGCAAACCCGAUCAGUGUCGGUGCUGCGAGGAGAGACAAGACAGAAAUCAGCGCGGUCGCAAGGGCCAACUAAUGGUCCGGGUAUAGCCGACUAGCGACAGCGGCGCCGGCACCGUUUUACACAUUGAUCCUGAUAUGGGGGUCAGGGGAAAGCCUCUCUCCUACUGUACAACAACCAAGCCGGCGAAUGUGAAAGUUGGGGCUGGGGGGCACGCUGAUGGGCGUAUUGUUUUUUUUGCAAUACCGUCUUGCUGAUCAUUUCCUGGCCAUUCGUGCGUUUGCACCUUUUGUUGCCUUACAGGUUCUUCCAUUUACAUCGACCCGAGAGGCUCGGUUCCACAACCGGUACAGGCUCUCUACUAUCCAUUUUAUCCCAUGCUAGGAUAUGGAGAUGUGAUGGGGUUCGGCAAAGUCAUGGAGGAUCUCAUCAAAGUGGUCUGAAGUGUGGGAUCGGAGAGAUGGAAGCGAUAUAUCACGAUGUGAUUACCUACAUUGGAUGUUAAUGUCAGGACGAGCACUGUGGAGAAGGUGUGAUAUCCUUGGACCCUGGGAAAGAAAUUUGGUCUGGUUGACAGCUCGGUUAUAAAGGCGUUUAGGGUUGUGGAGCAUAUGAGCGGCGAUAAUUUUUCUAUUUUCAGGAUGUUGCUCAUACUUUCUCUGUAUUUUUCUUUGAUCAGGUUUGGUAGUAAGGGGCCUAGACGUGUGACAUUCAUGCAAAAAAGCGUCGUUCAGCCCUGCCGAACGCAUUUACGAACCCUGGCUGCUCGUUUGU